AUGGAGAUGUCCAGAGAUGGAGUGGGAUUCUGGGGUGGAGCCCAACUGGAGUCGUGUCAGAGCGGAUUGGGUUGUCCUGGGCCAGGACCAAGUGCACAUGUGGAUCUAUUAACGGUUUCCAACGUCUUGCCAGGGUUUCUGGUGGUUAUAGCCGUGCUCUGGAGCUGGCAGCUAAAUGUUUUAGCCCUGCCCAAGAUCGAACCCCCUCAUGAAACCUGUAACAAUGAGCAGCGAUACGAAAACCAGGUGAUGUGCGAAGGCAAGAGUUUUAGGGCCUUGGUUCCCUAUCCGGACAAUUGUAGCCUCUUUCUGGUGUGCGAUUGUCUUUAUCCAACGGUGAAGUUGUGUCCAGCAUAUCUCUGGUGGGAUAACAAGACUCAGCAAUGCAAUUAUCCCCAAGCCGUGGAGUGUAUUUACUAUACGAUAGAGACCCCAGUGCCCACUCAUGGAACUACCAAAAUAACACCACAACCAACAUCCAGUACUGAAAAGAUGACCACAGAAAGUACUACGUCUACUUCUUCAAGUUAUUCUCCAACUUCCAGUUGGGAUCCACCACCUGCACCACCCGGAAUUUCAGAAGAUUUCUGUCGUAACUACAAGGAUGGCUCACUUCAUUCGUAUCCCUACAAUUGUCAGGCCUACAUAAACUGUACUCAUGGCUACCCUGUGCUUAAUUAUUGUAUCGAAGACAAGCUCUUUAAUAUAAUCUUAGGCAUUUGCGAUACUCCCGAUGAAGUGGAUUGCGAUGAGAGGCCUCUACCCACAACCACAACAGAAAUACCACGCACUUCAACCACUGAGGAGGAUGGGAUGUGCGGUCCAACUCCCGAAGGUGUAGAAGAGGAUUACUGUAUGCCCAAAGGAAAUGGUUUCUAUGAGUAUCCCUACAAUUGCAGUGGGUACUUGGCUUGCAAGAAUGGUUGCACCGACUUGGAUUACUGCCAGCCAGACAAACUCUUCAAUACCUGGCUACACAUAUGCGACACUCCCGAUUCGGUGUGGUGUGAUCCCUUGCCAUAUCCUACAACUCCACGAAGUACCGAUAAGCCAACCACUCCUUCAAUAACUGCAACGCCUACAACUCUUCCUUCCGAAGGAUCGACCGCAACUGAAAGAUCUACUACAACCACAGAAAUUAUUUCGACCACUACACCUGGACUUCCCUCGGACGUGGAUCCAAAUGACUGUAAGGGUCAACCUGACGGCACUAUUUUCGCCUAUAUAGGUAAUUGUUCCGAGUACUUGAUUUGUAGAGACCAUCAAGUGGAGAUGGGCCAUUGUCCCCCAACCACACUCUUUAAUCCCGAUUUGCUGCUAUGCGAUGAUCCCAAAGAUGUUGUGUGCCUUGGAGACCGCACAACCACACCGAUUCCAACAACUGAGUCCACUACAACCACUCAAAGAACCACUACAACAACGACAACCACCACGGCAGCCACCACCUUAGGACCCGAUCAACUUUGCGAGGGUCAGGAGAUGGGAGCUUCUUUUCCAUAUACAGAAGAUUGCAGCAAGUAUUACCUGUGCUUGGGUGGCGGAAAAUGGGCUCUGGCACCUUGCAUAUAUGCAAGCUACUUCGAUCCUACGACAGGUCAGUGUGGACCUGAUGUAUCACCCGAUGCUUGUAAGGCUUCACAAGCCACAACCACCACAACAACAACUACAGAAGCCACAACAACCGAAAAAAUUACCACCCCCAAGACCACAACUCUGGAACCCUUAACCACUCAAAAAACCAGCACAACUGUAUCGCCAACCAAUGGAAUUUGUGGUGGUCGGAAUGAGAACGAGAAUGUAGCUUAUCCCAACAAAUGCAACAAGUAUAUUGUGUGCGUUUUACCAAUUCCCAUAGCCUUUUUCUGUCCCGAUGACACAUUCUUCAGUUCGAAAUUACAGAAGUGCAUCGAUAGUUGGGAGGAGAGUGAUUGUGAGGGAGAUCAUAGCACUACGACGGUAGAACCAGGCUAUACAAGACCGCCUCCGGAACCCACCAUGUGCACAAAUAGCAGUCGGAAAACCUUCCCAUAUCCGGAUAACUGCCAAUGGUUCAUACGUUGUGUGGAUGACUACAUUUACAUGACGGAUGUUUGUAAUUGUGGGGAGUACUACGAUCCAAUAACUGAAAAAUGUGGUGCGGAUGUUCCAUCAGAUGCCUGUCGAUGGGAUUACACUUCAACCACAUCUACCACCACUGAACCGACUACAAGCACACCUGUUACGAGACCACCACCUCAGAAAGGACCCUGUGACGAUGUUGACGAUGGUGAUCUUGUCUCCUAUCCUAACGAUUGCUCAAAAUACAUAAAGUGCGAUAGACCCAUUGCAGAGGCGUUCGAUUGCAAUAAGGGUGAUGAGUUUAGUGUGGAGCUAGGAAAGUGUGUGGAUGCUUCGCUGGCUAACUGUUCAAUUAAAACCACUGCCAGGCCAUCGCAAUCGACAACGACUCCAAAUGAAAAAGAAACGACUUCAAGCACAUCUGAACCAACAAAGGAGGAAUCGUCAACGGAAUCAUCAACGGAAUCAACUACGGAAUCAACAACGCAAUCAACAACAGAAUCGACAACAGAAUCAACAACGGAAUCAACAACAGAAUCAUCCACCGAUUCGUCGACAGAGUCAACGACAGAAUUAUCAACUGAAUCAACGACAGAAUCAUCUUCAGAAACUAAUACAAAACCCUCAACAACAACGACCGAGCCAAAAUCUUCCACAACAGAAUUGGGCACAAACACCUCAGAAGCUUCCACUACCACGAAACCUUCUGGGGGAAUCUGUGAAGGAAAGACGGACGACUCUUUGGUACCAUAUCCUAGAAAUUGCAGCAAGUUUAUAAAGUGUCAAUAUCCGAUACCCGUUGGCUACGACUGUCCAAAUGGUUUGGAGUUCAGUCCCACGAAAUUAUUGUGCAUGGAUCCCGAAUCAGCCGAUUGUAGUGCGAAAAUAACCACUCCAGGGCUGACAACUUUGAUCACCGAAUCUUCGACCACUAAGGAGCCUAUAACUACCACUACACCAUUAACAACAGUUUCAACAGCUACUACAGACUCAACAACACCACAGACUACGGAAUCAACCACAGUUUCAAACACUAGCGGUAUUACUUCUACAGAAUCAACAACAGUUUCAACAACUUCAGAUUCAACCACCACCGAAUCAACAACAGUUUCAACAACUCCAAAGAUAACUUCCUCAGAAUCAACAACAGUUUCAACAACUCCCGAUACAACUACUACAGGAUCAACCACAGUUUCAACAACUCCGAAGACAACUACCACCGAAUCAACAACAGUUUCAACAACAGAAUCGACAACAACAUCUGUGCCACCCCCAACAACUCUGGAUCCGUACACCCCCAAUAUUUGUUGUGGCCGAGCUCUAGGAACUGUGCUUGCCUAUCCCAAUGAUUGCAGUCGAUAUGUCGUUUGUGAUUAUCCCAUUCCAUAUGCUGUAUUUUGCGAAGAAGGAACGGUCUUUGAUGACAAUCUUCUUCAGUGCACAUCUAUGCCAAAUGAAAGGUGUCUAUAUAUGGAUUAUUAA